AGUUGUAAACUCAUGCAUAUUACAUAGCUAAAAAAACUGUUAUCGACUUCGCGAAUAAAAAAUAUGUACUUAGGUCUUAGAUUAAAUUCAUCAAGUGUCCAACACUGACGAAAUUUGUGUUGUCGUGAUAAUCGUAAAAUAUUUUAUAAUUCACCUACCUGAUAACUUUAUUGUUUUUAUGAUAAAAAUAAAUAACUUUUUUGCUGCGAGUUUUACAAUAACUGAUAAAGUUUUUAGUAAGUUAACAACGAGAUAGAGACUCAUUUCGUUUGUUGGUUUUUCGACGAAUUAUAUAUUUAUAAUCACUUUUAUGUAAAUAUUACAAUUAAAAUGUUGUUAGGACGAUUAACGCGACUUGCACAACCCUUAUUCCGUAGGUCUUUUCACGUUUCACCAAAGUUAAACCAAGCUAUGGGGAUUGAUGGAAAUAAUAUACUGGCCGAAAGCUUAAAAAAACAGGGUAUUGAAUAUGUCUUUGGGAUUGUUGGUAUUCCAGUGAUCGAGACAUCACUUGCAUUUCAAGCUGCAGGCAUUAAGUAUGUUGGUAUGCGCAAUGAGCAAGCAGCAUGUUAUGCAGCACAAGCUAUUGGCUAUUUAACGGGUAAACCGGGAGUAUGUCUUGUUGUGUCUGGACCUGGUCUUCUACAUUGUAUAGGGGGUAUGGCCAAUGCACAGGUGAACUGCUGGCCACUUAUAGUCAUCGCGGGUUCGUGUCCAGAAGAUCAUGAAGGCAUUGGAGGCUUCCAAGAAUGGCUGCAGGUGGAGUCCAGCCGUCUGUACUGCAAGUAUGCGUUCAGACCGCCGUCAGCACGACUCAUACCUUUGCACGUGGAGAAGGCCGUUCGGUACGCGUCCUCGGGCAGACCUGGUGUUGCCUAUCUGGAUAUGCCUGCAACUUUGCUCAUGGCUGAAGUAGAUGAAGAUAAAGUACCUCUGGAUUACUACGCGACAGGACCAGCGAGGCUAGCUCACCCUGAUCCAGAACUUGUCGAACAAGCGGCAGAAUUACUUUCAAAAGCUGAGCGACCACUUAUAAUCGUGGGGAAGGGAGCUGCCUAUGGAAAAGCCGAAGAAUCCUUGUGCAAACUUGUCAACGUUACAAAAGUUCCCUUUUUGCCGACACCUAUGGGGAAAGGCGUAGUUCCGGAUAAUUCCGAAUUCUGCGUGUCCACGGCCCGCACACAGGCGUUACUAAAGGCCGAUGUCAUAUUACUGCUAGGAGCUAGAAUGAACUGGAUGCUGCACUUUGGUCAGACGCCUAGAUAUGCACCUGACGUUAAAAUCAUUCAGGUUGAUAUAACCCCAGAAGAAUUACACAACAGCGUCAAGUCUGAAAUAGCUGUACAUUCCGACAUAAAACCUUUUGUAGAUGCGCUAACUCAAAAACUGACUGAGAAAAAGUAUUCCUUGCAAACGUCCAGCAGCUGGUGGCAGGCUUUAAAAGAAAAGCAGAUGAAAAAUACGGAAUUCGUAGAGGCCCAAUCUAAUGACAAAUCUGUACCAUUAAAUUACUAUGCAGUAUUUAAAACAGUGCAAGCAAAUAUACCACAAGACUCUAUUAUUGUGAGCGAGGGUGCUAAUACCAUGGACAUCGGUAGAGGACUGCUCUUAAAUAAUAAACCUAGGCACAGACUUGACGCGGGAACAUUUGGAACCAUGGGAGUAGGACCUGGCUUCGCUGUUGCAGCAGCAAUGUGGUGUCGUGAUUACGCUCCUAAUAAGAGAGUUAUUUGUGUCGAAGGCGAUUCAGCAUUUGGAUUCUCAGGAAUGGAAAUUGAAACGAUGUUCCGGUAUAAACUGCCCGUGAUCAUUAUUAUUGUUAAUAACAAUGGAAUUUAUAGUGGAUUUGACAAAGAAAUGAUGAAAGAUAUUCAAUCUAGUGGAGAUAUUGCUCAAUGUACACCACCUACAGCAUUAUCAACUGAAGUUCGAUACGAGAAGAUGAUGGAAAUGUUCGGUGCUACUGGUCAUCUCUGUCGCACUGUGGAAGAAAUACAAACUGCUCUAAAGGCUGCUGUUGCCGUUACAGAUAGACCUAGUAUUAUUAAUAUACUGAUAAAUCCACAGGCUAAUAGAAAACCCCAAACUUUCAAUUGGCUCACUGAAUCAAAACUGUAAUCCUAUUUAAAACUACAUAUUAUUUUGUAACAAUAUAUUUUUUGUUAAAACAAAGAGGUACAUGUAAUUAAAAUGGGAUUUUGGUGUAUGUUUUGUUAAAGAAGGUAUUAAAAAUGACAUCUUUUAUGUUGUGGUUUAUAGGAUUCUUAUACAUAUAUUUUAUAUUUCAAUGAAUGUAUUAUAU